UUUUAAUUGUCCAGUUAAGCUCCCUCCCACAUAAGUGAGGAAAAACAAAUAGGCUAGAAGACACCAAAAGAGGCGCUUCUCACCAAAAAACGCGCAAUUCCAACCCACACAGAUGCGUAAAAUGAUCCAAAUGUUGUGCGUUUUUCUGUGGAGUCACGGUUUUUGCAAGGAACGAUGGGUCAUAUAUAGGCUCGUGUUUAGGUAUGUGUUUGGUCAACAGGCCAGUAUGGGAGAGCUGUGUGUGUCGCAGAGGAGGCAGGAGAUCAUUUCACCAUUGAGCCCUCAGGAGAUUGGAGGGAGGACUGCAUGAGGACUGGCACAGUGAACGGUUUUCUCUGAUUUUGGAAACGAAAUUUGCAAAACAAAGAAUUUAACCAUGCAGAUUUAGGACAGUUUUUUAUGUUUAGUGAAGUGAGUUGCAGUUACAAUUGCUCAGAAGCCUGCUAUGGAGGACCUCUUGAGACAAAAUGAGUCUGAGCACUGACAAUGUCACAAACUUGUGGAAAAAUGGUUCUUUUGGGCUUAAUCAAUUUGAAUUUUUAGACUUAACCUUUUAAGUUGCCUGCCUGAACAUGAGCAGAUUCCAGUGGUAAUUACACUGAGAUAUGCUCAAGCAUACUGUACCUGAGUCAUGUUUUUGUGUUACAGAUUAUCUUAUUUUCUACUGCCAUUAAAGCACAGUGCCCUUUUUAGGGACUUCAAACUAAAAGAUGAACAAAGUUAAGGUCGUUUUGGCACAAAGGUCUUAUAAUUGUCCACUUAAGCUCCCUCCCACAGUGAGGAAAAACAAAUAGGCUAGAAGGCACCAAAGAGGCGCUUCUCACCUAAAACGCGCAAUUCCAACCCACACAGAUGCGUAAAAUGAUCCAGGAGUUUCUGUGGAGUCACGGUUUUUCAUGGAACGAUGGGUCGUAUAUAGGCUCGUGUUUAGGUAUAUGUUUGGUCAGUAAGCCAGUAUGGGAGAGCUGUGUGUGUCGCAGAGGAGGCAGGAGAUCACUGCUGCCUCUUUCACUUCACAGCUGAGCCCUCAGGAGAGUGGAGGGAGGACUGCAUGAGGACUGCACAGUGAACAGUUUUCUCUGAUUUGGAAACGAGAUUGCAUUUAACCAUGCAGAUUUAGGACAUUUAAGAUUUUUUUUUAUGUUUAGUGAAGUGCUGUUACAAUUGCUCAGAAACCUGCUAUGGAGGACUUCUUGAGACAAAAUGAGUCUGAGCACUGACAAUGUCACAAACUUGUGGAAAAAUGGUUCUUCGGAGCUCAACUUCACCAACAGCUCCGGUGGGAACCACACCGAGUUGGACCUCACCAGAGCCAUCCCUCUCGGCAUGGUCCUGGGCGCUUUCAUCGUGUUCGCCAUCGCGGGCAACAUCCUCGUCAUCCUCUCGGUGAUGUGCAACAGGCACCUGCGGACACCCACCAACUACUUCAUCAUCAACCUGGCCAUCGCAGACCUGCUGCUGGGCACCACGGUGCUGCCGGUGUCCGCCACCCUGGAGAUCUUAGACUACUGGGUGUUCGGCAGGAUCUUCUGCGACAUCUGGGCAGCGGUGGACGUGCUGUGCUGCACCGCGUCCAUCAUGAGCCUGUGCGUCAUCUCCAUCGACCGCUACAUCGGGGUGAGCUACCCGCUGCAGUACCCGGGCAUCGUGACGGAGAAGCGGGCUCUGCUGGCCAUGCUCGGCGUGUGGGCGCUGUCGGUGGUCAUCUCCAUCGGUCCUCUGUUCGGCUGGAAGCAGCCGCCGUCGCCGGACGACACGGUGUGCCCAAUCACAGAGGAGCCCUUUUACGCACUCUUCUCCUCCUUGGGCUCCUUCUACAUCCCGCUCAUCGUUAUCCUGGUCAUGUACUGCCGCGUGUACAUAGUGGCCAAACGCACCACUAAGAACCUGGAGGCAGGUGUGAUGCGCGAGAGGAUGAACUCAGGUGAGCUGACUCUCAGGAUCCAUAAGGGCUCUCAGGUGCAAGAGGAGACAGGUGGCAGCUCGAGCACAGGUGGUGGGAAGAGCCAGGGCCGCGCGCACCAAGCGAGAAGUUCCCUCACGGUGAAACUUCUCAAGUUCUCCAGGGAGAAGAAAGCUGCAAAGACUUUGGGAGUUGUGGUCGGCAUGUUUACGCUUUGUUGGCUGCCCUUCUUCCUCGCCUUACCCAUAGGGUCUUUUAAUGUGAACUUGCGGCCACCUGAUGUCCUCUUCAAAGUGAUCUUCUGGCUGGGCUACUUCAACAGCUGCCUGAACCCCAUCAUCUACCCCUGCUACAACCGCGAGUUCAAACUGGCUUUCAUCCGCAUCCUACGAUGCCAGUGGCACCAGCGUAAACACCCCGGCUGGAGGGCAUACAAUUACCGCUCCUCCAACUUCACCUCCUCCGGACACUCACGCAAAGGCUCAACGGAUCACAACUCUAGCUGCUUGAACGGCAGCCAGCGCACUCUGCCCUCCUCAGCCAGCCCGAGCCCCAGCUACCUGAGCAGGGGUCUCCAACCUUGCCCCGAAGGGGAAACAUUAUACAUCUGGGGGGACAACACCCCAACUCCCUCACCCAACCUGCUGCCUGGCAGCCCCACAGACUGCCAGCUGGCAGCUCUGAGGGGGGAGGGAAGAGGAGGGAAGCCAGCUGAAGAGACUCAUGGUGGUAUUUUCUCUUUCUCCUUUGGGAAGAAUAGAGACAAGGGAGGGAUCAACAAAGACAGCAUGGUGCCUGAUGACAGAGUGUGACUGCUGAGUCUCACUGAGAUGUAACUCGUUCAUUCCUCAUAGGGAUUAAAGUCACAAACAGAGCAUGGAUGUAGGAUUUCACAGGUUUGCUGCAUUCACUGUACAUGGUCCCAUGAUCAUUCAUCAGUCAGUGGAUUGUUGUUGUCAUUAGUGGUCAAUGUGAGGUGAAGGUAACUGAGUAUUGACUAUGCUGCUGUAUCAGAGGUAUUUUGUCCUAUGUAACUGUGUCUGUGGUUGACAUAGACAGGAGGCUUUCUCUCAAUAGGGUUCAAGACACUGUUCACCGCCCUCUUUGGGACAGGAAAGACACUAGUGCAUGAAUUUUGAUUAAACAAAACAAGGAAGGAAAAAGGAAACAUUUCAGAAACCCAGCACAGCCUUCCCUUCAGUUAAAAAAACAUGUCUACCCUGUAAAAAGGACUGACAAACAACAUGACUCAUGUAAAAUGUGUGAUAAGGCAAAUGAUCACCUUUCUGUUGCAGUCACUUGAUAUCUUCAUGGUAUGUUGUGGAAAUAAAGUAUAACCUGGUUUAUCUGCUGUGCCGCACAAUCAUCGGAUAUCAUUUUAUUUGUAUGUUUGAUGUUCAAAAAGUUCUUUAGAAAUGUGAUCGAUACAUGAAUAAACAUAGAAUGUUGAUCAAA